AUGAAACUGAUAUCCGUCCCUCUUCUCGUUAUCAGCCCUGAGAUUGUCGAGAGCAAGCAUUCUGACGGGCUGGAAUCCUAUCUUCGGCACGUCCCCAAACUCUGCAACAAUGGCGCCAUGUCCUUCGAAUGGCACAACCGCUCGCUGGAUACUAUGUCUGCCACCCAGCUGGGUCCCAAUUGGAAGGAGGACUAUUUCAUGUACAAGUGCAAUGAUUCGAAGGCGGGCCUCAAGGCCAACGCAUUCUUCGCUCCCGUUCAUGGGGCGCGCGUAUAUGGAGAUGCGUUCGUGUUCAGGAUGGAACCGGACACUUAUGAUGGGUUUACUGGAAGAGCAGAAUAUGUGGACAUGGACUACGGUUUUGCCAAGCAACCUGGAGCCAUAAAACUACUUGAUAAUUUGGCUGAAUGGACGGAACUUCCUUCAAAGUCCCGCUUCAUCUCGAAAUCCACCGAAGGUUUCUCCGUCCAGCAGUGGGUCGCGAAAGAAGUCCAAGUCCUUCGCAUUCCAGUCGACGGUUCUCCCCACGUCAUAAAGCUCAAAACCACCGAGAUCACAACAAGCAAGGACCGUGAUGAAGAGACCAAAGGGGACGAGGAGUGGCUCAUGCACGUUCCUGACAUACAAGGCUGCACGGACGCCGUGUUUGACUGGGACUCUCGCUCACUUGUCGCCUCGAAGUUGGGUGGUAAUCUUGUUUCGGAAGAACACGAAGGGUGGUGGUUCAUGUACAAGUGCAACGAGCCGUGGGCUGGGUCCCUCUCGAAAAAGAACUUCGCUUUUGAAGGACAUAGGAAGACGCGGGCUUUUGGGGACAUUUUCAUCUUCAGGCUGGAUGAGGAGGUGAUGUGCGAUCAGUUGGGGUACGCGAGUUAUGGCGAACUUGCGUCAGUUCCGGAGGGUAAACAUGCCCGUUUCAUGUUCGCGCCAAUGGCUGCGAAGUAA